AAGUUGGACAGGAACUGUCAAUUCCGAAUUCUGGAAAAUUGUACACGAAUAGAGAUUGACACGCUUUCUUCUAUUUUUAUAAAAACUGUAGAAACAUUUAACUUAUUUUAUAACUUAAUUGUUGUUCCCAGUGUUUUUAGUGACCUGGCUAGGGAAAAACCGCAAAAAUGAGUACAAUACUGGAGAAAAUUGCGGCUAUUGAGUCCGAGAUGGCUCGGACGCAAAAAAAUAAGGCCACUGCACUUCAUUUAGGUAUACUUAAGGCUCGUUUAGCUAAAUUGAGGCGAGAACUGAUCACACCCAAAGGUGGCGGCGGCGCAACCGGCGAAGGUUUCGACGUCGCUAAAACUGGUGACGCCCGUAUCGGCUUUGUAGGAUUUCCAUCAGUAGGGAAAUCAACAUUGCUAUCUAAUUUAGCCGGUGUCUACUCUGAAGUGGCUGCGUAUGAGUUCACCACGCUUACAACUGUGCCGGGCUGUAUUAAAUAUAAAGGUGCUAAGAUUCAGCUCCUGGAUUUGCCUGGUAUUAUCGAGGGUGCAAAAGACGGUAAAGGUAGAGGUCGUCAAGUCAUCGCCGUCGCUAGAACCUGCAGUCUCAUAUUCAUAGUCCUAGACGUGUUGAAACCACUGCAGCAUAAGAAACUGAUUGAACACGAGUUGGAGGGCUUCGGACUCAGGUUAAACAAGCAACCACCUAACAUACACUUUAGGAAAAAAGAUAAGGGUGGCAUUAAUUUGAAUACUACUUGCCCACAAAGUGAGUUGGACAUAGAAACGGUAAAGACGAUUCUCUCUGAGUACAAAAUCCACAAUGCUGACAUUACACUGCGGUACGAUGCUAACAGUGACGACCUCAUUGACGUUAUUGAAGGGAACAGGGUGUACAUGCCUUGUAUAUAUCUGCUUAAUAAGAUUGAUCAAAUCAGCAUAGAAGAAUUAGACGUUAUUUACAAGAUACCCCACUGCGUGCCCAUCUCGGCUCACCACAAAUGGAACUUCGAUGACUUAUUGGAAAAAAUGUGGGAGUACUUGAAACUCAUCCGGAUAUACACGAAGCCUAAAGGACAACUGCCCGAUUAUAAUUCACCUGUAGUACUGCACGCUGACCGGACAAGUGUCGAAGACUUUUGUAAUAAGCUGCAUAGGUCCAUCGUCAAGGAAUUUAAAUAUGCUCUCGUGUGGGGAUCGUCAGUGAAGCAUCAGCCGCAGAAAGUGGGCAUAGACCACGUUCUAAGUGACGAGGACGUCGUGCAAAUCGUAAAGAAAGUGUAAACCUAACCAAUGUAUACUGAAGAAUAUAUACAAAUAUAUAUUUUUGCGAAACAAGAGUGAAAUAAAACGUUAAAUAUUUUGAGUAUCAUAAGAAUAAAGUACCUAUCUGUAUAUGUAUUUAUUCAGCUUGUAAAUAUGACCUUGGUUGGUAUUGAUACCCGGCAAAUGUGUUUACUUUUGAAAACAUAAUACUUUGAUUUAUAUUGUGUAAUGGAAAAUAUUAAGGUUUUAGGUCAAUACAGCCGCUAAAUCAUUUUAAGCCAUGCGUCUUAUCCUCAAAGCGCAUAAUAGCAUCAAAUUGACAUUUUCUGACGUCUUCUGUGGAAAUGAAAUUCAUACAAGAAAAUAUAUAUAAUACUAGCUUUCGCCCGCGGUUUCUCCCGCGUCCCUUAGCCGAAUGGUGACAAAAAAAUAUCCUAUCCUAAAACCUUCUCUCGGGUCUAAGUUACCUCCCCUCUAAUUUUCAGCCAAAUCGAUCAAGCCGUUUUCAUGUUAUGUCGUGAUAACGGAAAGUGUGUUUCAUUUUUAUAUAUAUAGAUUUAUAAAAUUCUGAAAACCUGUUUUCUGCACUGUCUAUUCUUUGGAUACUCGAAAUUUUGUUAUUGUUGGAAAAGAAAAUUAUAUUGUAAGGAAAUACGUUUGUAUUGAGUUUUGAAACAUUUUUCUCAAUUAAUUUGCAUUUACAUAUAAUAAGUUAACAGUAAUGCCCUAAAUUGAUGUAACAAUCAUAAUAAAUCAGAGUUUAGUUAUUUAUGAACUAAAAUGUAUUUUUUUUUCUUUUUUAUACUGACUUGUAAUUUGAAGAGAAGUCCCCUUACCUAAGUCAACGAUUGGUUUUCGGUUCAGUCUAUGGUUAGUUUUAAAAAGGGACAAAAAGAAAUAUAAUGUUAAAAGAAUCGUGCGACGCUGUGUUAAGUUAAAAAUAGAGGGCAAGCUAAAUUAAAAUAUUUUUAAUACUUAGCUUAUGGAAAAACAUCAAUUCAAAUAGAAAUAGUCAGAAUUGUUCCUACCUAUGGCUAAUCCGACCAGUCUAGAUUUAUGGUAAUUAUUUUUCAAUAACCUGGGAUGUUAACUUGUGUUGUACAGAAUGCUCAUUAUAAAUAUAUAAAAACCAAAA